GAGAAGGAGGAAGGCGCUGACGGGCAGUGAUGGCGGCGGGUGAUGGGGACGUGAAGCUAGGCACCCUGGGGAGUGGCAGCGAGAGCAGCAGCGACGGCGGCAGCGAGAGCCCGGGCGGCGCAGGAGCAGAAGGGGGUGGCUGGGUGGCAGCGGCGUUGGCGCUUCUGACGGGGGGCGGGGAGAUGCUGCUGAACGUGGCGCUGGUGGCGCUGGUGCUUCUGGGGGCCUACCGGCUGUGGGUGCGCUGGGGGCGGCGGGGUACUGGGGCCAGGGCCGGGACGGGCGAGGAGAGCCCCGCCGCCUCUCUGCCUCGUAUGAAGAAGCGGGACUUCAGCUUGGAGCAGCUGCGCCAGUACGACGGGUCCCGCACCCCGCGCAUCCUGCUCGCGGUCAAUGGGAAAGUCUUCGACGUGACCAAAGGCAGCAAGUUCUACGGCCCGGCUGGUCCAUAUGGAAUAUUUGCUGGAAGGGAUGCCUCCAGAGGACUAGCAACAUUUUGCCUAGAUAAAGAUGCACUUAAAGAGGAAUAUGAUGAUCUCUCAGAUUUGAAUGCUGUACAAAUGGAGAGUGUGCGAGAAUGGGAAAUGCAAUUUAAAGAAAAAUAUGAUUAUGUAGGCAGACUCCUAAAACCAGGGGAAGAACCAUCAGAAUAUACAGAUGAAGAAGAUACCAAGGAUCACAAUAAACAGGAUUGAACUUUGUAAACAACCAAAGUCAGGGGCCUUCAGAACUGCAACUCUUACUCUUUCACAGAAUGUCCAGCGUCCUUGGGUUGGUUCACCUGCUGCAAAAAACAUUCAACAUAUUGUGUACAAGCUAAAUGAGUCUCCGGUGAAGAUUUGAAUACUAGACCUUAUUUCUGCUGCCACACUCACUUGUUGCAGUUGUUUGUAAUGUCUGGUGGGCCUUCAUCAUCCUAAAAAGGAGGAGACAGGGAUUUUUUAAAGAGUAAGAAAGUCAUUAGGUUACUUUCUUUUCUUUUUUUUAAAUCAGAGACAACCAGAUAUGUGUUUGCUACUUAAGUGUACAAAUCUCCUCAAAAAAAAAACAGCAAGGGAUUGCUGUUCCAUGUGCUGUAUUUCUGUUUUAACAUUGAGGGUGAGAGGAGGCCUGGGCAGUAGACGUGGGAGCACACAUCCAUUGGAGUAGUUUAGGCUACUGAAACAUGACAAUGUGAAUUCCCAGACUUUCUUUUUGUGUUUUGUUAGGGAAAAGGAAAAACCUUUAUUUCUAAAUCUUUGGAAAUUAGAAGGGAUUUCAAGUGGAUUUAAGUGAAAGCUAUUCCCCAACAGUAAGAACAUUUAAAACUAGUUUAUUCCUUCCCUGCCCCUAUAUCAAAUCAAUAUUAAUUGUGCCUUAUUUCACUUAUAUAGACUUGAAUUAUUUUUAGGGAAAGCCCCUAUGUGAAUUCAGAAGUCACUACAAGCAGCAUUAAGCCUGAAAUUUAAAUAUUCUGUUGACUGUAAAACCUUGAUGUCAUUCUGUGUAUAUAGAAUGUAAAAGGAAUAUUCAGUGUUACUGCCAUAUGUUAAUAUACACAAACUUAAUUAGCAUUGUAAUGGCCAAAUGCAUUCCCCCCAUGCUUUUGUCUUUUCAAAAGAAUUGAAAAACAAAUCAACACCUCUGUCCCCCAACAGCUGCCUAAGUUUAGGAAUCUGACUCACGUCUCACUGGUGUGGGUUCAUGGGGCUGUAGUAUGGGUGUUGUAUGGGUGUGUCUGUGUGUGAGAGCGCCUUGGAAGGGACUUGCAGAUACUGUAAAUACCAGUACCGUUUUAAUAAAGCAUGUACAAUAAACCAAAUAAGCUUGAGUUGGACUUUAUAUACAAACUGUAAGCCAGUGCAUUAUGACACGGUAGUCAAGAUUGUGCAUUUGAUUCAAGAUACAGAACAAUCUCAGAAAUGAAAAGCAGGCACUGGUGUGAACUAAGUCGUACACAUUGUACCACAUUCAUUGUAACUGUAGGAAGACAUGUUCCACUUUGUGGAACAUUCUUGAGAUCUGAGGUAAUUCAGGUAAGGAUUGAUAUAAAAAUGUACGUAUUUUUACUUUAUAUUUUGAUGCCAACUGAUUAUACUAGAAGUAAUAGCACUCCAGGUGGUAGUUAUUGAACACAAAACAGUAAAGGAUAUUAUGAUGAUAGGUAUUCUUCCAUUGCUAGUUUGGAAAAGCCCUUUCUAAAAGCCCUAUAUGUAUGUCAGUUACUUGAUUUUAUCAUCACCAGACUGUUCAGGUUUUUGGUUGAGGACAAGUUAACACCAAAAAAGUUUUUUUAACAACUCACUAGUUGAAGAAUAAGACUUUUCCUGCUUUGUGAGUAUAAAUGAUGCAGAAGCCAUCAAAAAAAGGGGAACUUUUAACUGCAAUAAUAAGCUGAAGUAUGUAAAAUAUUACAUUCUAUUAUAUGCAGUCUUGGAGUGUUUGUAGAAAAUGAUGAGCUUCAGCCAAAUCUCUGCUGAAGACUGGAUGUAAAGACUGAAGAGUGUUGGUAAAUGUGUGUAAAGUAUUUUCUAAACAAAUUGUUAAAGUACAUGUCCUCUGUAGUAAACUGAUACUUCUAUAUAGGAAUCAUUUGAGCCUAAAGUUCAGAAAUAAAUCUAUACUUGUGAAUAAAGAAACCCUAAAUAUUCAUGCAGUAAAAAAAUUAUGCGGUCUGUUAAGAAAAAUGAGUACUUUUGUGUUUGGGACUUGAAAUAAACAGUGUUCUACAAAUAAUUCCUCAA